GUGCCCCACCAGCUCAAUUGUUCUGCCCUGAUCGCGCUUGUGAGACAAAGAAAACCAUUCAGUAACUCGUUCUGCACCUGCGAAACCUCAUUAUCCCCCCCCUCAUCCAUCCAUCCCAUUCAUCCCCUUUCCCAGAACGAGUUUGCUCACCUAGCAGCCAUUGUUCUGUAGCUCGCCGACUGAACAAUCAUGCCUGCCCAACGCACUCGCGAUACCCCUUCUCGAUCACUCGAAGUGACAACGGACACAUUACAACCCCCGACCUUAGCCAUCAUUUCACCGACGCCGCGCGCCUUCACCUUCCCUAUUAACAAAAACGAGACCACUCCUUUCUCUUCGCCUUCUUCCUCGCCCUUCGAGCCAGACCUCAGGACGCUUUGCACUCCCCCCACGCUCCUUCGCACUCUUUCACCCGUUUCUCCUUCAUCGUCAUCAAUCGCAUCAUCGACAUUCUUUUCAUCAUCAUCGUCCGUUACGACUGUAUCCACAAAUCCAACAUCUCCAGCAUCCACGCACAAACGGCGCAAGUCGUCGAUAUGCAGCGAUGUCGAACGUCGGCCUAAAAAGGGCGAUGAGGACUAUAUCAAGCGACCAGAGAAUGCGUUCAUACUCUUCCGGAGAAAGUGCUGCGAAGAUCGUCAGCUUGCACAAGAAGAGGCCGCGGCAAUAUCUCCCGUUGAUGGGCCCACAAAGAAGCAGCGGCAAGCCGAUCUGUCGAAGACGAUCAGCCAACAGUGGAAAGCACUCUCACCUGAGGAACGCUUGUAUUGGGAGGAGCUGGCAAAAGAGAAAAAGAAGGAGCAUGAGGCGAUGUAUCCCAAUUAUGUAUAUCGCCCGCAGCGCACGAAGGAUAGGAAGGGAAAGGCUGCGAAAGGGAAGAGAGGAGAGUACGAGCACGAGACCGAUACGGAGAGCAAUAUCUCGUUCAUGUUACCGCUCUCGCCACCGACUGCCACGAAGCAUGGACGCUCAGCAUCGGCUCCUACGCCACCUCUUGGACGACAGAUGAUCCAAAUUCCCAGCCUUUACAUGCCCUCUUGUCCGACCUCGCCGUCUUUGCUUCCAAUGAUAAGCCGGCGCUCUUCACAUCCAGACCACUCGCUGGAAUCGUCUACGUUGCAAUUCGAUUACGCGCCACCAAACGAUAAUAAUCUAAUGCCCCACGCGGCAUUCACGCAGCAAUGCAAUAUGCACUUUGCGUCUAGCAUGAACUCCGAAGGGUUCUACCAAGGAAUGUAUGAUCUAUCAGCUCAGACACCUACAGCGGAAAAGAACAAUCUGCCAAUCUUACAUCCUCUCACGAUGCCGGAUGGCAGUUCAUUGCUCCGACCUUCUCAGCAGAUCGCUUCACCGGCAUCGUCUGUUACUUCUGGUUCUUCUGGGCCACCUUCGCCGCACUCAGGGCCAUUCACACCACAUGAAGCUCUACCAGCGGCAGCUUUCUCCUUCCACGAAGCUUCUCAUGACCUUCAGAAUACAUCGUGCUCGCCCGACUCGCAAUCAAACAAUGCACAUCUCGAUAUGCAUCACGCUUAUCCCGAUUAUGGAUGGGAUAGCACAGCGACUUGGGGCGGCAGUGGAGACAUGCUGCUCAACGACGAUUUCGAUUUGAACUCGAUCCCCGCAAUUGAGCUUGGACUACCGAAAUUUGGAGAUGAUAUGUCGCAGCUCGUUGCGUCACUACCAUCGACGUCCUACCAUGUGGACUAUCAGGAUCCCUUUAACCAUGCUCAUCACUACGGCGAUAAUACCCAGAACCAAGAGCCAUACGAGCAGCUGUUCGACCUGAGCGACAUGAUUGCGCACGGAUUCUGAUUACCCUACCGAUGGAUGCUGGCAUCAUCGGUCUGAACUCUUGCAUGGACGCAUGUACAUUCCUAUACUUGCUGCGCUGCCGUUACGAUUUCAACUUCUCUUCUAUCUUGUAUUAUUCUUGUUUAUGUGGAUAUUGUUGUUGGAUUAGUGUAGUGAUAGCUUUUUGUUUAUAGUCCCACUCACCUCAUCUACGGAUGGAUCUCCCACAGCAUUAUGUUUUUUAUGCUCACGCCCCACGAAUCCCCCACCAUCCAUUUUCACUUCAUGAUACCUUGGUCACCCACCGCCACGCAUAUACCCCGGUUGUUGUAACUUUUUUCAUUACUUAUACGAGUUGUACGUACCGAGGUCAAGCGCAGCACAAUCGAUGUCUUUUAGACUGAACGUAAACUGAUUGUAUG